UAUUUUUGAAUAUAUAGAAAAAUGGCUAACAUUGAUCCCUGAGAUCUGUAGCUCUAAUUUUGUCACUUGUUUAUGCCAUUUCCAACCAAACUAAGUUUACUAUCCCCCCCAAAAAAUUCACUGUAAACAAAAUUUUGAGGCUGAAUUUUAUACUGAAACAACAACAACAAAAAGCUCAAGAAAACGCUCCUGAAAGCAUCACCGGGACCAAUGCAAAAGGCGGAACUGAAUCAUUACUGUAAGUGUGCCGUCAGGACUGUUAUUGCAGUUGCACCAGGUGGCCGUCGGGUGAGUAGUCCGUGUUGCACACAGCUGGGACAGUGUCUGAAUUCACAGGAGGUUGAGAGUGACUUAUCUGUGGAAACAUGUUGUAAAAAUGGAUAAAAAGGUCGAAGCUUCAGACGAGAGGAUCGACUGGGGCGGAAGUGGCGCAGGAGAGGGGAAAACUGCGCACCAGAUUCAAACCUUGUUAAAGAAUAUACACUCCGGUCUUCCUAACCCACCCUCAGAUCCUGUGAAAUGCUCCCAGAUCAGAGGAGACUAUCUGUACUUCCACUACGGCUGUGAUGGAUGUGAUGACAGAGGUUGGGGAUGCGGCUAUCGCACCAUCCAGACUAUGGCCUCCUGGCUUUGCCUCAGCCGGAACCAGUGCAAGCCUGCACCGAGCCUCCCAGAGAUCCAGCAAGCCCUGGUUACCAUGGGGGACAAGCCAGGCUCCUUCUCAGGCUCCAGGGAGUGGAUCGGCACAUUUGAAGCCUCCCUGGUUCUUGACUACUUCUACGACAUCCCCUGCAAGCUGGUGCAUGUGAGAGGUGGAGGGAUUGAGCUGGAGAAGGUUGCAGUGGAGGAGCUCCAUCAACACUUUGAGAAGCAUGGGUCUCCAGUCAUGAUGGGAGGGGACAGGGACAACUCCUCUAAGGGGAUACUAGGGGUGUGGACCGGAGAUAAGGGGAGCUACCUGCUCAUCGUAGACCCUCACUAUUAUGGAUGUGAGCUGGAGAGGAUGGAGCUGCAGAAGAGAGGGUGGGUGGCGUGGAAAAGAGUUUCAUCUCUGGAUCAGUCUUCGUUCUAUAAUCUCUGUAUGCCUCAGACUGCUGCAAAGGGAAUAAAAUAGAUCUAUUUCUAUUCCAGGUCUCCAGAAUGAUUAUUAUUCAUGUGGAUGAAUGAGAAGAAAUUGUGCAAAGUGCUUUGUUUUAUUUAGCUGCAGUGCCAUCCUGUGGUUAAACUCAUUAAAGUAUAUUAACCUUC